CAACAUUUAAAAAGGAGCUGAGGCAGUGGUGGUGCGUGCUAGCACUCCGGAGGCUGAAGCAGGAGGAUCCAGAGCUCUAGGCUGUUCCCCCCAGCCCUGGUGAUAGAGGGGAAAUGAAUGUAACUCCCCACCCGUAGAUAUCGGAUACGCCGAGUUCCUGGGACCCAGAAUCGAGGAGGUUCACAGGAGGGAGAUUUUGAGCGAGAGAGAGAACUUCUGAGAGACAGGAGGGGACCAGAAAGUGGGUUGCAAACAAGCCCACUUCUCAAAGCAAGCUUCACAGAGCGAAAUCAAGAGUUCCAGGGGCCAUGGAGAGCGGCGCUGGCGGCGGCGGGCGCGCCUGGUGGACGGUGGCCGAGCACUUCCAGGCCCCGCUGGUCUUCUACGUGGACGCGGAGCAGGAGGAGCUCGUGUUCGGCCGCGAGGACAGCGACCUUCGGCGCAUCGAGGAGCACAGCCACACUCUGAUCCAGCUGGAGGCCUGGGCCACGGCGGCGGGCCAGACGCGCGUCACGGUGGUGGGGCCCCCGGGGGCGCAGCGCUGGCUGUGGGAGCUGCUGUGCAGCCUGGGCAGCGGGGAGCCGGGCGGCCAGGCCCGAGGCCACGCGAUGCUGCAGCUCGUGCGCAGCCGCCCGCUGAGCUGGGCCGAGCUGGCCGCCGCCGGCCGGGAGCAGCAUCAGGUGGGGAACAUGUCCCCGGCAGCCUGAGUGCGGCUGUGGUCCUGCAGGUGCCUCGGGUCCUCCUGGUCCUGUGGCUCAGCUGCUCUGGCUUCUUCUGGAGCUCACUGCACCCAGGACCAGGGCCCGAGUGAAUCCCCAGAGGCCAAGCUGGGAGAAGCUUACUGGGCGUGGAUCCCAGCUCCUCCUGUGUGGACAGCUCCAGGCCUGCGUCUGGGGCGAGAAGUCCCACGGCAGGAGAACUGCUCUGCUGCCCUGACCCCCGAUGACACCACGCCAGCCCCUUACUGAAGCCUGAGAGCUGUGGAGUCAGCCUGGGCAGUACAGCAAGUUGGAGACUGGCCUGGGGUACACAGGAGACUUUGUCCCCAAAACUGAAAAAGUGUUCAACGGGAGGGGAUUGUGGAGGGGGAGAGGGUGGUGACUAUAAUGAAGAUGUCAUGUACGUGUACCAAGGCCUCAUGAUAAAUGUAAUCGUUAUGUAUUGCAUCAUGUAUUAAUCAAAAUAAAAUUUAUU